AUGAAACCAGCAUUGAUCCUCGCAACCUUUUUGGCAAUCUUUAUUGUUGCUCAAGCAUUUCCUAUAAGCUUUAAUAAAAGACAGGAAUUACAAUCUGGGACAAGUCCUCUACAACCCGAUAGGUUUGUACCGACAGGGUCAAAUCCCCUUCAUAAUAAAAGAAAAGAACAACCAUCAGAAAUAGUUUCUCCUCAAAUCGAUAGGACUGUACCAUCAGGGCCAAAUCCCCUUCAUAAUAAAAAAAAAGAAUCGCCAUCGGAGAUAGGUCCCGAUAGAACUGUACCAACAGGUUCAAAUCCUCUCCAUAAUAAAAGAAAAGAAUCACCAUCAGAAAUAGGUUCUCCUCAAAUCGAUAGGACUGUACCAUCAGGGCCAAAUCCCCUUCAUAAUAAUAAAAAAGAAUCGCCAUCGGAGAUAGGUCCCGAUAGAAUUGUACCAACAGGUUCAAAUCCUCUCCAUAAUAAAUGA